AUGGGCAAACAGGAGCUUCCCAGUGACAUGGAGAGGGUAGAAAUAUCUGAGACUGAGCGUGGAACCUUUCUACCAACUCCUGACAUCAACAACCAGGUGAGGAAAGGUACCAAUCCAACUCCUGACCCCAACAACCAGGUGAGGAAAGGUACCGAUCCAACUCCUGACCCCAACAACCAGGUGAGGAAAGGUACCAAUCCAACUCCUGACCCCAACAACCAGGUGAGGAAAGGUACCAAUCCAGCUCCUGACCCCAACAACCAGGUGAGGAAAGGUACCAAUCCAACUCCUGACCCCAACAACCAGGUGAGGAAAGGUACCAAUCCAGCUCCUGACCCCAACAACCAGAUGAGGAAAGGUACCAAUCCAGCUCCUGACCCCAACAACCAGGUGAGGAAAGGUACCAAUCCAGCUCCUGACCCCAACAACCAGGUGAGGAAAGGUACCAAUCCAGCUCCUGACCCCAACAACCAGAUGAGGAAAGGUACCAAUCCAGCUCCUGACCCCAACAACCAGGUGAGGAAAGGUACCAAUCCAGCUCCUGAUCCCAUCAAGCAGAUGAGGAAAGGUACCAAUCCAACUCCCAACCCCAACAACCAGAUGAGGAAAGGUACCAAUCCAGCUCCUGACAUUAACAACCAGGUGAGGAAAGGUACCAAUCCAGCUCCUGAUCCCAUCAAGCAGAUGAGGAAAGGUACCAAUCCAACUCCCAACCCCAACAACCAGAUGAGGAAAGGUACCAAUCCAGCUCCUGACAUUAACAACCAGGUGAGGAAAGGUACCAAUCCAGCUCCUGAUCCCAUCAAGCAGAUGAGGAAAGGUACCAAUCCAACUCCCAACCCCAACAACCAGAUGAGGAAAGGUACCAAUCCAGCUCCUGACAUUAACAACCAGGUGAGGAAAGGUACCAAUCCAGCUCCUGAUCCCAUCAAGCAGAUGAGGAAAGGUACCAAUCCAGCUCCCAACCCCAACAACCAGAUGAGGAAAGGUACCAAUCCAGCUCCUGACAUUAACAACCAGGUGAGGAAAGGUACCAAUCCAGCUCCUGAUCCCAUCAAGCAGAUGAGGAAAGGUACCAAUCCAGCUCCCAACCCCAACAACCAGAUGAGGAAAGGUACCAAUCCAGCUCCUGACCCCAACAUUCAGAUGAGGAAAGGUACCAAUCCAGCUCCUGACCCCAACAUUCAGAUGAGGAAAGGUACCAAUCCAGCUCCUGACCUCAACAACCAGGUGAGGAAAGGUACCAAUCCAGCUCCUGACCUCAACAAGCAGAGGGGCAAAGGUACCAAUCCAGCUCCUGACCCCAACAUUCAGAUGAGGAAAGGUACCAAUCCAUCUCCUGACCUCAACAACCAGGUGAGGAAAGGUACCAAUCCAGCUCCUGACCUCAACAAGCAGAGGGGCAAAGGUACCAAUCCAGCUCCUGACCUCAACAAGCAGAUGAGGAAAGGUACCAAUCCAGCUCCUGACCCCAACAACCAGAUGGGGAAAGGUACCAAUCCAUCUCCUGACCUCAACAACCAGAUGGGGAAAGGUACCAAUCCAACUCCUGACCCCAACAAGCAGAGGGGGAAAGGUACCAAUCCAGCUCCCAACCCCAACAACCAGAUGAGGAAAGGUAUCAGUCCAGCUCCUGAUCCCAUCAAGCAGAUGAGGAAAGGUACCAAUCCAGCUCCUCUGUUUUGCCAGGGCUUCCCACUGGCAUAUCACAAAGACCUGGUAAACAUGGAUAGGAUGAGUUGA